AACUUUAGUGGAGUGACUCCGAAGAAGAAUGUGAACUCGCAACUGAGAACCAGCGACAUUUCCUCUUCAACUGAGAGAAGUCCACGGUCGUCAGCUGACGAUAUUCGGUCGUUUUGUGGAUCGAUGACAGACCUGUUUUCUCGAUCAUUGAUGUACUUCUCACCGAAUGUUCCGACGUCAACCAAAAUCAUGCCGACUCAAACCGAAACGAAUAGCAUAAUAUCAGCAUCCAAUCCACAUGGCUAUGGAAGAUCAUUUUUCGAACUGGCGGCACGAGUCUCUACAUUCCCAAAAAGCAAGGUUGUAUUCGAAGCUCAUAACGAGCUGUACACACAAGGAACUCUUCCUUCAUUUGAAAAACAAUCACAAAGGGGUACUACAAACCCGUGGAGGAAGUAUGGCGCCUUGAAAAAGCUCCAUGAAAUAGGAGGAACGGCGCCACCAGGAAAUACUAGGGACGAGCGCAAAAAUAAGAACGGCUUCAUUGAAAUU